UUUCAUUUGGCCAAUGAAUACCAAUGAAGCUUCAGGCAUUCGUUUGUUGGGGCACAGGAUGAGCCAAAUCAUUUAAAAUAUCUCCUAAGUCUUCCUUGGCCCAGUUUGUGCCACCUGGGAUUUGCUACUGGGGUAACACUGAUUUCUCAAAAACUUCUCCCCAUCCUGUGAGCUGAAAGACUGAACACCAGGGGAAUGGGGACAGAGCAGAGUUGAGUUGCUCCACACUUUUGGGGAGUAGUUUUUAUCAUGCGCCCUUGGGGAGCAGGCGUAGAGACCUAAACUGAGUGAAAAUGGGUGGAGGAAGAACUUCUAUACCCACGAACAGCAUGUGAAGAGUGAGAGAAAACCAAACAUAAAGUAAGGAGGAAAGAGUUUACAUCCAGGAAGAAAUAAUCCAGGAAAAGGAAGAAUAAGCAGGUCAAGAUGUGUAGCUCCGUGGCGGCCAAGUUGUGGUUUUUGACAGAUCGUCGAAUCAGGGAAGACUAUCCCCAAAAAGAGAUCUUACGAGCAUUAAAGGCCAAGUGUUGUGAGGAGGAGCUGGACUUUAGGGCCGUGGUGAUGGAUGAGGUGGUGCUGACAAUCGAGCAAGGAAACCUGGGUUUGCGGAUCAAUGGAGAACUAAUUACUGCCUAUCCCCAGGUGGUGGUAGUGAGAGUACCAACCCCUUGGGUGCAAAGUGAUAGUGACAUCACUGUUUUACGUCACCUAGAGAAGAUGGGAUGCCGUUUGAUGAACCGACCUCAAGCCAUCCUGAACUGUGUGAAUAAGUUCUGGACCUUUCAAGAGUUGGCUGGCCAUGGUGUUCCUCUGCCCGAUACUUUCUCUUAUGGUGGUCAUGAAAAUUUUUCUAAGAUGAUUGAUGAAGCAGAAGUACUGGAGUUCCCAAUGGUAGUGAAGAAUACACGAGGUCAUAGAGGCAAAGCUGUUUUCUUGGCUCGAGAUAAGCACCAUUUGGCUGAUCUAAGCCAUCUUAUUCGCCAUGAAGCUCCAUACCUGUUCCAGAAGUAUGUUAAAGAGUCUCAUGGACGGGAUGUACGUGUCAUUGUUGUGGGAGGCCGUGUGGUUGGCACCAUGUUACGUUGUUCUACAGAUGGGAGGAUGCAAAGCAACUGUUCACUAGGUGGUGUGGGGAUGAUGUGCUCAUUGAGUGAACAAGGGAAGCAGCUAGCUAUCCAGGUGUCUAAUAUCCUGGGGAUGGAUGUGUGUGGCAUUGACCUGCUGAUGAAAGAUGACGGCUCCUUCUGUGUCUGCGAGGCCAAUGCAAAUGUAGGUUUCAUCGCCUUUGAUAAGGCUUGUAAUCUAGAUGUAGCUGGUAUCAUAGCGGACUAUGCCGCCUCCCUUCUGCCCUCUGGCCGGCUCACCCGGCGUAUGUCCCUGCUCUCCGUGGUGUCCACGGCCAGUGAGACUAGUGAGCCGGAGCUUGGUCCCCCAGCCAGCACUGCUGUCGACAGCAUGAGCGCAAGUUCCAACUCUGUCGACAGCGACCCUGAAAGCACCGAGCGAGAACUGCUCACCAAGCUCCCAGGGGGCCUAUUCAACAUGAACCAGCUGCUAGCCAAUGAAAUUGAACUCCUGGUGGAGUGACUCCACUGGUAAAUAAUUAACCAACAAAACCCUGUAAAACUUUCUUUUUUUCUUCUUAUUUUUUUAACCAACUUGCAAUGCUGUUCAUGGAAUAUGCUCAGGAGGAUGAGAGAAAAUUGAGUAGGAUUAGUUAGAAGAGAAGAAAGAGGGAGAUAGACAAGACCUCUGCUAGUAAGAUGUUACUGUCUUGCAUUUACAAAUGAUACAGAUAGGCUAGGCAGAAGAGGUGAGAUACAGAAAAAUGUCAGGUUCUCAUAGUUACCCUUUUAAUGACUCAAAAAUGAGCGUGUUCUCAGGCCAUAAAGAACAUACAAAAUUUUUUCAUGGUUCCUUGCUUUUGUUUUUGUACAGUUGGUAUAAAUUUCAGAGUAGCAUAACUUUACAUUGUGUGGCAAAGAUUUAUAAUGGGUUUAGGGAAACAUCUAUCUAAAUUACAGGAAUUUUUUUUAUACAAAUCUGAAAAUUCUGCCUUUACCAUAUUAACUAGCAGCUUUAUAUUCAUAGUUUAUGAUGUCUUGAGGGGGCUCUUACUGGGAUUUAUUAUUUCUGUUUUUAGUUUUUCCCUUAAUUUGAGUGGGAGGGCAAUGUGAAUAUGACCCAAUAAAGGUUUUUUAAAUGACAAAAUUGGCAUGUUUGCAUGAUAAAGGGGAAAUGAACAGUAUUGCAAUGUCUGGUACACAAAAUACCAUUUACUCCAAUGUAGAUAAAAUUACACUAGUUUAAAAUUUGUGCAUUGACUUGUAUUUGUUAGUGUUUUGGUCUUUUUUGAAAGAUAAAUGCUCUGUUAAUGUUGCAUUUUUUAAAACAUCCUAGUCUAACAUUCCCUGAUCUAUGCCUGCAUCUUUAACAAUGGCCAAAGUGAAGAAAAUGCUACCUUUUUUGUUAACAAGACACUGACUUCAAACAUGCGCAUUUAAAGCCUUUUAUUUUUGUUCCCCUUUUUUCUUUUGGUGGUUGGGCAUUUAAAGAAUAAGGACAAGGAAAAAUAUUUUGGGUGGCAAAUCAAGGGCCUGUUAGUUCUUAAGCAUAAGCUGAAGUGAUUUCUAAUUUUUCAGCAUUAUAUUGCAUUUUUCACACUUUAAGAGGGAGUAUAUGUGUGUGUGUGCAUGCAUGCAUGUGUAUAUGUUUUGCUUUUUGUUUACACCAACCAGUCAAAAAGGAUAGAUUCUAGAAAAUAUGGAGCAUGAUGGGAAACUCUUUUUUUUUUUUUAACUUUAAAAAGCAGAUUAGUUGUUUUCAUAACUGUACUCCACUGGGGUAGAGGUACUCACCUAAAAAUAUAAGGAAAAUAGAUGCUUCUUAGGCCUUUUGGUGUAUAUGUUGUUGUUUGUUUAUUUUUUUCUUUGUUUCUGGACUGUUCAAUGUAUGAUUUAUUCAGGGCUACAUGCUUUUUUCUUCAAUGCUUCUGUGUGUUUUCUCCUAUUUACACAUAGGUUUUGGGGUGGGGUAGACUAGGCGUUUUUGUUUGGGGACUUAGCAGUAUUGAGUCUCUUGUAGCCCUACUCUGAAACCUUCAGUACUCUCCACCACUUAUAUUCCUUUACUUUCUGGAUUUAUAAAAGCCCCCAAACUGCAUAUAAUAUGAGCCUUUACAACCUGGGUAAAACUAUGCCAGUGAUGGUUAUGAAGGAGUAUUAAGAAAUGGAGGUGCUCCAGAGCUCAACGUAAUUUUUUUUUAAGCAGCAAGUUCCAUCUCCUUACAAUCCUCUGAAGCUUUUACCCAAGUCCUUUCUUGCCUCUUCAGUGCUUUUUUUCCUUCAGAUGGACCUUAAACUUAAUUUCUUGGACACUACUAGAGAGACUUCGAGGCAAUAAUAAAAGACCAGUAUUAACCAGCUCUAAUGAUCUAACAGAACGAUCAUGCUUACUUGUACAGUUUUCCCCAAUUUUAAAAAGGAAUGUAAUAAAAAAAAUUUUCCAUAGAAUUAAAUAAUAUUGAAAUUGAGUGAAAGGUUGAUUGUUGACAAAUAGAAUAGUACUUCUACUCUGUGCAGUGUUUCAUUUCACCUGAAAAAUAUAUACAUAAGAGGAGUUUCUAAUUUAUUUUAGGAUAUUCUAACCUCAUCUAGAAGAAUUUGACUUGCACAGGGUUAUUUUGGGACUAACAUAUAUAAGUACCCCUGACUCACUAACAGGAAGAAAUACUUGAUACUUCUUUCACUGAAUGACCAUACUUUGGAGGAUAUAUCAUAUUUGGGAUAAAGAAAUAAAUGAGGGAGAAAGAACUGCUUAAUCAAAUCAUUCAUAUGUUUGUGUAGACACCAUCUGGUUGCCACCUAAAUUAUGUUACAUAUAUUUUAAAUAGUUACAUAUCACGUAUAUAGAUUAAUUAAUUUUAAAACACAAAUACCCUCUCUAUUUGGUGAAGAACUCAAGGUUUGUGUCGGGUGGAAUAAGGCACCAGGAAAAAUGUAGGUAUCUUUUUAAAAAUUUUUACCAAAUUAACCAAUUAUAAGAAAUAACAGAUUAUUUCAUCUUUGGUUUUAUUCAGUAUUCAUCUUUUGUGCAUUCACAUUAUAUUAAAACAUAAUUUUACCAACCUAUUUCUAGAUCACAUACUCAUGUUAGAAUGAAAAGGGAAGAAAUGGUCAUCUUAGACUUUAAAAACAUGAAUAUUUCCUUGAAUUUCUUCAAAAAUUAAGGUGAAGAAUAUGAACAAAUUAUUCUGGAAGAACCCAAAUGAAAACAGCCCAUAUAUUUAAGUGAAAGUUAAAUAUAUUUUAAUAUUGUUUAAUAACUUUUGUUUAUUAAUCUUUAUUGCUAUUAUGAGAGGUAAAAAUGUAUUUAUUAAAUAUGUAUAAUCAUCAUGCCAAAAUUUGAAUUACUGUAAAAUUAUUGUAUAUUAUUAAAAUUGUAAUUCUGAAUUGUAUUUUAAAAGUAAUUCUUUCUUAUAUUGUUUUUAUGUUACUCAUGAUGACAACUGGACUAUAUAUACAUACAUACACAUAUAUAAAUAUGAACUAUUCCAUUUAAAAAU